AUGGUGUCAUUUGGUACUCUGACCAUCGUUCGCGCCAUUUCUGUCCGUCUGCUGUUCACGUGCCACGGUCUCGUGUCAAUAUGGCGGCUGUACUACGUCACACACGACACCAGGUUCUGGUACCUGGGACUGGCCAUGGCUUUCCUGCUCAUAGAGACGUCCGUCACCCUGGUCAAGAACCGCGGCAAGGAGUGGAAAUGGUUCUGUCCCAGUGUCUGUAUAUACCUAAUGAGCACGGUGCCGUCCAUUUGGUUCCUCGAACUACACGAGAUGGAGAAGCGAAUAUCGACCACAAACGACAGUCGUGGACAUGCGCAGAAUGAUUCUCUUGAAGAUCUCAGCGCUGAACUUGGAAAUGUAUUAGGUGUCCGAUUCGAGAUCAGAAUCCCGAUCUUGUUGUCGCCUGACCAAUGGAUCAGGACUCUGGAACAAAUCCUCUUGCUCAUCUUGAUCCUGGGACGCUGGAUACUUCCGAAAGGAAAAUUGACGCAUGACCAACUAUCUCAACUGUUGUUAGUUUAUAUCGGCACGGCUGCAGAUAUCGUCGAGUUCUUUGAAGCGUUUAAAGAAGAGGAGGUCCGUUACAACAAGAUGCUGUGUAUUAUCAUCCUUGGAUUGUGGUCACUGAGUCUCAUACAGUUCACGUUGGUAUUGACUGCUGCCAAAGCCCGUCGGGAUCAAUCUGGCCUCGUGACCGGAAACGAGGGAGGGCGGCGCCAAAAGAACGGAUGUUGCGCAGCAGACGUUUACGGAAUCCUCAUAUCCAUUUUACUUCAAGAUCUCCCCUUUCUAGUACUCCGACUUUUAUUGAUUUUGAAGUAUAAAGUUCUCAGUUACACUAAUAUGUUUUUCACUUCCAAGAACACACUCGUGAUAAUACUGUUGCUGUACCGACUUGUUGUGGUUUACAUCGAACGUAAGAACAACAAACCGAACGCUUUAGAUCACCGAGAGUACCCGCAAGACGAUUUCGGAACUCCUCGAGAGGUAAUACCAAGAAGCCACAGUGUCAGUCAUAACAUACGUCAGCCACCGUACGGAGGCCAUCUUCCAGAUGACAAACAAUAUCUGAUGAAGACACUACCUCGUAGUAACAAUCACAAUGAUAACAAACCAAAAAUGUACAAACUUCGCCAAGAAAAAUAUCAGUGGGGAAAAGAUUACCACUUUGAGCAAGUAGAUGGUCGAGUGUAAACUGAAGACAAAGGUUCGGAAGACUUAUUUAUGUUUACACGUGAGUUUAAUGGUUAUAUCUUAUCUUGGUUUUUAAUGAACACCCGGGAUUAAUGUUUUGACUGCAUAACUAGAGUUACUGUAUGACAGAGUACUAAGAAACUGUUACAAUAGGAAUGUUACAUCGGAUUGUAAGGUUGCAAUAAGUACCUAGAUACAGUGGAAUUUAAUAAGCUAGUCAUUCGUUAUUCCGGACAUCUUCGAGGAACUGCACGUUUCAGCUCAAACUGGCCUUCGUUAUCCAAAGACAGCAUCAGAAUACCUGUACGGACUACUUUCCGGGUGAUACAAAUACGAAUUGUUACGGAAUCCUGAAUAACUUUGAUCUCAGAAUAAUUUUAUAUUAGAAUUAAACGUUCAGUGCAGAUAGCUCUGUCUGUCAUCAGCCUAGCGAUUGGUCAGUUUGUAAUGUAUAGAUCCGACAAAAAAACACUAACUGUGAGGUGUCGAUUCUGUCAGAAAACAAUCCCAGGAUUCAGAGAAGGACAUUUAUAAUCAAGAAGGUAACUCUUGGUAUCCGAAGAUGGUGAUAAUGUAAACUUUUAACGCGACACACGGGAACAGCACACCGAUAAACGGGAGAUAACUCCUUCCGAAAGAAAACAUGUAUAGUGCCAUUGGGAUAUCCUCGAUAUCAAGGGGUUAUGUUCACUUUCGCUCUCUACAGCCCUGGAAUAUGUCAUAGCAAAAGUGAAGGCUCGGUGUGCGCCACCUUGUCGAUCAGACAAGGAAACUAGCUCGAUCCUUUGAUGUACAUCAAAAUAAUAUCGCGGUCACGUAACGGUAAAAAUGACAGGCUUUGAAGUCGGGCGUCUCUCCUUUGUAAUCUUCUAAGGACAGGUAUCAGCCUAGCGAUUGGCUUUCUUCGCGCCUUCAAUGUUGCUAUGACAUAUCUCAGGGGUGUAGAGAGCGAAUGUUAGCGUAACCUCUGGAUAUCGAGGAUGCCAUUGGGCUGUAUAUUUAUACAACGUGAAAAAUCAACCAUUUGCAUUCAUUUUGCUGAUUUCAACAUUCCAUUUACUUUUCAUCAUUCAAUGAUAUUCAUGAGUGUGUAAUGCACAAUCUUUAUUGUUGUUAGACGACACUUACAGUCAGCGAGAGUUAUCACCCUUAUUGGAAUUUAUAUUUACGUCUCGUGCGUUUAUAUUUACCGCCUGGGAUAGCAAUAUAGACGCAAAUUAUAGGCAAGAGAUUACCAUUAUAUUCAUGAGAAUUCCAUUCAUGGUGUGGCAAAACUAUAAACAGCCAUGUGUGUUAUUAUGUUACAUAAUUACGUUAAGACCAAACUGUACAUAAGCGAGCAUGUAAACUUAAGCUUUAAAUAUUUGACCACAUCCCUUGGAUAAC